AGAGACUGCCCUCUAAGAAAGACUUCUCCCCAGACAGGAGACUUCCCCUCCACAAGGGGACCUUCUGGCCUUCCGCAUCCCUGGCCAUGGCUGGCGCGCGUGGGGAGAAGGUCACCAUGCAGGAGCAUAUGGCCAUCAACGUGAGCCCAGGCCCCAUCAGUCCCAUUCGCCAGAUCUCCGACUACUUCCCCCAUUUCUACCCCUUUGCUCCUGCCCUUCUCCGUCCCCGUUCAGCCCCCUUGCCUGCACUUCCCAAUGGUCGAGCCCCAGAAACAGCCUUGGGUAGCCCAAUGGAGGAAGACGGAACUCCAACAGCAAAGCCUGGAGGCUCUCAGCUUUGCCAGUGCCUGGAGGAGGAGCAGGAUGGAGACUCAGAUGAGACCAGUGAGUGCUCGGUCCCUGGGGUCUGCCAGGGGGUGGAGUGGGAAGGAAAGGAGGGAGGGGGAGCCCUAUCAUUCUGCCCUCCCUCGUCCUUGAGCCUUUCAGGUUCUGAGACCUCCCUCAGCCCCCAGUCAGUCAAUAAACACUCAUGCGGCACUUCAGUCGGGACUCCAAGGAGGCCAGGAGAGCCCGGACCUCACGGACAGGCCCCUCUCUCUCCCCCAGCUGCCCUGGGCUCCCUUGAAUUCACCCUCCUCUUGGACCAGCAGAACUGCGUCCUGCACUGCACGAUCCAUCGGGCCAAGGGUCUGAAGCCCUUGGACUCAGGCUCCAUCGAUACCUUUGUGAAGGCAAAUCUGUUGCCAGGAACGAGCAAGGCAAGCCAGCUGCGUACUCGAACGGUGAGGGGCAGCCAGGGGCCACGCUGGGAUGAGACACUUACCUACCACGGCUUCACCUGCCAGGACGCCGGACGCAAGACUCUUUGGCUGUGUGUGUGUGAAGAGUCCCGCCUGCGGAGGCGGGCAGAGCCCCUGGGUGAGCUUCGAGUGCCCCUGAAGAAGCUGGUGCCCAACGUGACCCGAAGCUUCAACAUCUGCCUGGAGAAGAGGCGCUUGACCAAGAGACCCAGCAGCCUGGACACUACCCGGGGCAUGUCUCUGUAUGAGGAGGAGGUGGAAGCGGCCGGAGAGGAGCGGGGCCGGAUCCUGCUCUCGCUGUGCUACAGCUCCCAGUGGGGCGGCCUGCUGGUCGGGGUCUUACGCUGUGCCCACCUUGCCCCCAUGGACGCCAAUGGGUAUUCGGACCCCUUUGUGCGCAUCUUCCUCCGACCAAACACGGGUAAGAAGUCCAAAUACAAGAUGACCGUCUGGAAGAAGACCCUGAACCCCGAGUUCAAUGAGAAAUUCUUUUACGCGGGCCAGAGGGAAGAGCUCGCCCAGAAGACCCUGCUGGUGUCCGUGUGGGACUAUGACCUGGGCACCGCCGCCGACUUCAUUGGUGAGGGCGGGGGGAGGGGCUGCGGAGGGGAGGCCCUGGGGGGCUUGGCUGAGCUUCGGCACUGGAGCGAGUGCCUGGCCCGCAGCGACCGGCGCCUGGAGCUGUGGCACCUGCUGGACGGAGCCCCUCCCCAGCUUGGUGACUAGGAAGGAGGCGGGCCUGGCAGGAGCCCCUGCACGGACUCUCAGGGGGGCGCGGAGGGGGCAGGGACACUAGGCUUUUCCCUCCACUCCCCCAAUAAACACUGGUUCGGUGCAGGGGCUGUGCUGUGCCCAUUUCUCAGACUGUUGGCCUAUGGAAUACCACCCUUCACCAAUAGGACUGAUCUGGCCCCGUUAUCUCCCCCCCUGGAGCGCAGAACAAGUGACCUUAGGCCUACCUUGGGGGGCCAAGGCCCAGGGUCUCC